CCACACCUCAGAACAAACGCUGCAACGAGGGUUUUGGUUUCUGUGUUGAGAGAACAAAUCGAGAGUGAAAAUGAGCGGUUCAAGGGUGAAUGGGAAGGUGAAGUGGUUCAAUGACCAGAAGGGUUUCGGAUUCAUCACCCCUGACGAUGGCGGUGACGAUCUCUUCGUUCACCAAUCGGAGAUCAAAUCCGAGGGUUUCCGAUGCCUCGGUGAAGGAGAGGACGUCGAGUUCAUCGUUGCUUCCGAUCCCGAUGGCCGCGCCAAGGCUAUUGAGGUGACUGGCCCUAACGGCCAAGCUGUGCAAGGAACUCGCCGCGGAGGCGGUGCUGGUGGCGGUGGACGCGGAGGAGGCGGUUAUGGUGGAGGCGGAUAUGGCGGAGGCGGUUACGGUGGGGGAGGACGCGGAGGUGGCGGAUAUGGAGGAGGAGGCGGAUACGGUGGAAGCGGUGGUUAUGGUGGUGGCGGUGGAUACGGUGGCGGUGGACGAGGAGGUGGUCGCGGAGGCGGCGGUGGUGGUGCUUGCUACAACUGUGGCGAGGAGGGACAUCUGGCUAGGGACUGCGGCAGCGGAGGAGGCGGCGGUGGAGGCAGGUACGGAGGCGGUGGCGGCGGAGGCGGUGGUGGCGGUGGAAGCUGCUACAGCUGCGGUGAAUCUGGACAUUUCGCAAGGGACUGUCCUUCCAGCACCCGUUGAAGCCUCUUCUGAUUUGUGGGUCGUUUUAAUUAUAUUUUGAAUCUUAUUUUGAAGUUGUUAUGUUAUUGAACUUUUCGGUGGGUUUUCACGCUGGAUCUAUUCAGUUGUGAAAACUUUUAGGGUUUUUUAUGUUAUGGAUAAGCGAAUAGGAGUGUUGGGGGUGGGGGAUUUUCUCUUUUUGGGUCGUUGAAUGGUGUUGAAAUCCUUUAAACAUUGCUCUCUGUAAGCAGGAUCUGCGUGAACCUAUUUUUGCUAUGAUGGAACUUGUGAUUUCGGUGUCA